CCUACGUAAUCCUCCCACAGUGUUCAGAUCCCUGCAGGUCUAUACGGCUUCUUCCCCGCAGCUCUGUGGGAUGCUGCUGGACCCCAACUGAGCAACUCAGGAUGUUGAGCUGGGUGGUCAAAGUUGUUCCCCAGCCGCCUGAGCCCAAAAAACCAGAAGAACAGAAGGAUGCUGCCCCGCCCCCUGCUCCUGCCCCACCCCCUGCAGCUGCUCCGCCUCCAGCUGCUGAGAAGAAAGUGAAGUUUCAAGAUGAAGUCAAAAGUGAAACACCAAAAGCUGAAAAACCAAUGCAGGAACCUCAGACAGGAGCGGAGAAUGGCCCGACAGCUGGGUCUCAGAGCGGCAUGUUGACGUGGAUCAGCGGCGCGUUGCCUCAACCUGCAGUCUCACCCAAAAUGAGCCGAGCAAACUCCACUGCCAAGGAGGAAGUUGAACCAGCCAGUAAACCCGAAGACGAAAAAGGGAUGAUUGCUUGGAUAUCUCAGGGUUUGGAGAAAGUCGUUCCUCAGCCUGAGUUGAAGAGCAAAGAGCCGCCUGCAGCUGAGCAGCCAGCAGAGGUCCGUCAGGCAGCACCUGCUCCAGCUGCAGAGCCUCCGGUUACUGUGGUGGAGGUGAAACCGGACCGAGACGACAAAACUGAAAACAAGCCACCGAGCAUGAUAGACUGGAUCAAACACGGCAUCGAGAAGGUGGUUCCUCAGCCAGAGAUCCAUGUUCGCUCAAAAACAGAAGGAAACGAGAAAGCUGAAGCUCCAGCUCCAGCUAAAGCUGAAGCUCCGCCUCCAGCUCCUCCACCUGUCCCCAAACCAGCCCCAGAGACCGAGAAGUCCACCAAGGAAGCAGAGGAGCCACCAAACAUGAUGGGCUGGAUCGUCAAUGGGAUUGGUCGCAUGUUGCCUCAGCCCGUGCAGAAGUCGGAUGCAGGAAAUGACGAGGUGCAGACCAUCAGUAUCAUACAGAAGAACACAGACCUGGUGCUGGAGGACAUUGAACAGGAAGAAGUCAAGGAAACAAAGCCGGAGGUGAAGGAAGUGAAAGAAGAGCCACAACUGGAGAACAAAGAGGAUGUGAAGCCAUCAAAAAAGGAGACUGAAGAUGCAGAAUUGCAGGUGGAUGAGUUGAGUCCACUGAUUGACAGCAUCAAAAAGGAGGCUGGAGAGGCAGUCCUAGCUCACAUGGAGGAAAGGCUGCAGCAGGAGCGUCUGGAGGCGGCUCGUGUGGCCGAGGAGAUGGCCAGGAAGGCAGCAGAGGAGGCAGUCCGCCAGCUCGAGGUGGAGCAUUCAGCUAAGAUUGUAAUAGAAACGCUACCAGAGUCCAAUGAACAGCUGCCCAAUAUCCUGGAAGAAGAAAACGAAGAUGAUCCAGAGUUACAAAACCUGCAGGAGGACAGUGAAGACAGCACAGAGAAUCAGAGUCCCGAGGAAAAUAAAGUGACAGAGGAAGAUACAAUGAAGACCACUGUUGAGGAAGAGACUAAAUCUGAUCAGUGCAUGGUAGAUGUCUGCCCGGCUGAAGAUGACAUCAAAGCAACAACUCAAGUGGAAAAGGUGGAGCCUGCUCCAAACGAAACCCACAAGCCCCCAACUCCACCCACCGAAUCCGAAGCACCAGAGGAAGCCACUCCUUCAACAGAUGCAGAACCAGUCUCCCAACAACCUGAGCCACUGCCUCCAGAAACUCCACCCACUACCACGGAUCAGACCAGCACAGCAGAAGCAGGAGAAGGUGGAUGUGGAGUUCCUGACAUUUGCUCUCCGAUAAAGAGCUUUCUGCUUCGAUUCCCUCAUGCUGCCGAGUGUCUGGAGAGUUGCACAAAGCUGAUGCGUGACCAUAACCUCACCCCUCCCACGCUGUCCGUGCCGGCGCCGCCACCAGAGCUCGCCCAGCUGACCCAGGAGCUGUCGCAGCUCACCAAGCAGGCGCAGCAGUGCUGUAUGAGCAUAUACAGCCGCUUCAGAGGCCUUAACUCCAACUCCCAGGAUCCUUAGCAGCCGUAACCCCCACCCCCCUCCAGCAGACUCUUAGAGACACCUCAUAGACAUAUAAUUCUGUGUAGACCAAAACCUUUGAAGUGCCACACCAAACAAACACACUUCCAGUGCCUCCGAACGUUCCAUUUCCUCCUCAUCCUCACUCCCAUCAUGCUCUGCAGCUCCGCUGUGCUUCACCAUCAGCUGCCAGCUAAGCGCGCCGCAGGUAAUCAGGAGGAGGUGGAUGUCUGAGCUGCUGUAGGCUGUGUGCUUGUCCCUUUGCUGUGUUUUAAUCAGUCUUUUAGAGCUGAAUCGCCAACAAAACUGGGCAACAGAAUCUCCAUGUUUACCUCGCGAUAGUCUGUGUGAUGGGAUUUGUUACUGGAGAGUUCUUUAUCUGCCACGUUGUUGCCCCUGGUGAUGGAUUUUCACGAAGCAGCGUGAAGCAGAUUUCCUGUCGAGGCUGAAAUAUUUAAGCAAGCAUGAAUCAGUUUUUGCUCCAUUUAUGUGGACACAGGAAAUCAAAACUGGACUUCAGCCCUGUGACUCUCAUGUAAGAUUGAAGAGAAACCAUGUGACUUUAUCUGCAUCAUAUUUUCUGUGACCUGUUAGAGUAAGAGAGGCCAUUUAUCGAGCUGGUAACAUUAAAUGCAAGGGGGCUUCUGUCGAUUUGGGGUUAUUUCCAGACAGUUUUACAUAUUUAAUGCUGAAUAACUUUUGUAAACACCACACAUCUGUAAACUGGAGAACAUACUUGGCCCGUAAACGUAUAAAAAUGUAUAUAUUUAUUUAAAUACACAUUUUUCUUACUGUAAAACCUCAUCAGUUCUUUUUGUUUUGUUCUCUGGAUGUGUCCAGUCUGUUUUCAUGUGACGCUCUUUGGGUUUUAACAUAAACUAAACUUCCAGGGGCAACAAUCAGCAUUUUGUCAUCUACAAAUAACUGAAAGCAAAAGUUUAAAGUUGCGCUGGUGCUUUGGAAAGAGCAGUUUAACAUGUCGACCUAAAAUGCGGUUCAGUUGAGGGCGAGUUUAUUCGUGUCACAGGAACACGUCGCCUGAGGUCCAACUGCAUUUAUUUUCUGGUCCUCAGA